ACCUUCAUACAUUGUUCUUUUUUAUGGUUGAUAGGUGGUGGAAAAUAUGAACCCUAUUGAAAAGAAAGACAUGGUUUUCUGAUAAUUAAUGGUAUGAUCAUCUAUGCUACUAUAGUUUUUAGUAUUCCUUUUGUUUUCUUAUAUCAUUUGUGCAUUGUAGCGUGUCUUAUGUAAUUCGAUGUCAAUUUUUAUUGAUGUUUCCUCAAACUUGAAAGACACCAAUUGGGGAUUUCUUAAGCAUUACUCUUUACUCGUAGUUGUUGACUUUAAAUUGGGCAAAGAUUCUCCGAAUUUGAUCGGACCAUCUACAAAAAUAAAAGAAAAAAAAAAUUGUUGCCUUUGUAUUAUGUUUGGGUAGCUAUAGGUAUUGUGGGUUUUCGAUGGAUGAUGAAGAUAGAGGGCCUAGGUUAAGCAAGAGAUUGGGUGGAGAUGGAGAAGUGGAUUACAAAACCAAAUCUGGAAGCGCUUGGUCUCACUCCUACCUUAAUCAAAAGCCAUGGCAUCCUCUCUCCUACCCUAAUCAACGCCGCAAGUGGAUUGCUGAGCAGACUCACGCCCAACGAGAACGUCGUGCCGAAGAAGUCGCACGAGAGUAUGCUCAGGAACAAGAGUUUUUCCGACAGGCUGCUCUUGUCUCCAAGAAAGACCAGGAAAAGAUGGAGAUGAUGAAAGCCGUUAGUUUCAUGUAUGUCCGCCCCCCUGGUUAUAAUGCUGAAAGUGCCAAAGCUGCAGAGAUUGCUGAGGAGAAGAAACCCUCACAAGAGGCUGGAACAUCUGAUAUGUUGCAAAACCCUAUUCCCCCAAAUGAGCGAACGAAGAAGCCAAGGCCUAAAGAUGUUUUUGGUCGUAACCUACCAACAGAAGAACAGUUUGAAGCUCUUAAAAAUGCCCCAAAGUUAGAGACUGGUGUUGCCGGAAGGGCAAAGCCAUUUGGAAUUGAAAUAAGGAAUGUAAAAUGUGUGAGAUGCGGGGCGUUUGGCCACCAAAGUGGUGAUAGAGAAUGUCCAUUGAAGGAUGCAAUAAUGCCUAACGAAGAGAGUCGUUUGAAAAGAGAUGACCCCUUAACGGCUAUUAUAGCUCAGACAGAGCCUCUUAAGUGGGAGUUGAAACAGAAGCCUGGAAUGAGCCCACCCCGUGGCGGGUUCAGACCAGAUGAUCCAAACCAGCAGAUUGUUGCAGAGGACAUAUUUGAUGAAUAUGGAGGGUUUCUUGGUGAGGAAGUCAUCCCGAAUCUGUUAGCUAACUUCUCUACUAAAAAGGAAAAGAAGUCCAGUAGUAAAAGAAAACACAAAGGAGAAUCGCCACCGAUGAUUAAGGAUCAUCAAGACAGUUUGUCCUCAGAUGAUGCAGUAAAGAGGUCAAAGACGAGUAAAAGUCAACGUAAGAAGAAAAAGAAACGAAUUCAGACUGCCUCAAGUUCAUCAGUUGAUUCAGAAGAUGAUAGGCGUAAGAGGAGCAGAAGCGGCAGACGUAAGCGUCGUGGUGUACCUGAGAGUUUAGACUCUGAUCAGCAACAAAGAUACGAAUCUUGUCGCCGCCACCACCACAGUUCAGACUCUGAUCAACAACGAAGAUAUGAAUCUCGUCGCCGACGCCACCACCACAAUUCAGACUCUGAUCAGGAACAAAGAUAUGAAUCUCGCCGGCGCCACCACCACCGCCGACAUUCAAAUUCUUCAGACUGAGAAUGCUGUUAUUUUAGAAUGUAGCUUCAGUAAACCACAUUGUACACUGACCGUUCAAGUUCCUUAAGACUGGAGAUCCACUUGUUUGAAAACCUAAAACUGAGCUGAAUGUUACUAGAUUUUGUUGAAACAUGCGUACCUAUUUACUUGAAUCAUAUCCGUGAUCCUUUUCAUUU